AAUGAAAAACGUCAAAAUCUGCCAGGAUCUGCGAACUGCGAAUGAACAAACGAACAUGUCGAAUUGAAACAUCACUCAGAUCAGACUGAGAGUGAGUAAAUAAAAUAACAACAGUGAUUUCUUGAUUUUUUAGUGUUAGCAGAGUGUUAGGAAGGAAAAAAAUAACAACAGCCGGAGACCUUUUUAUAGCUAUUAAUUAGAAUGUGUUGUGCUAAGAUAUAUUAAUAUUGUUCGUGAAAAUGCAUUUUUCGAUUCCUGAUGUGCAACAAUUCCGUGAUGAUAAUGGAAUCACUUAUACGGGAUAUAAUAUUUACAUCGAUGGAUUUUUUCAUUGUACUACGCGUUAUAAACAACUGCUCAGCCUUCAUGAACAACUUCAGGCUCAAAAUCCUUACCUCAAGCUACCACAGUUUCCACCAAAAAAACUGUUCCUUACAAAUUCUCAGAUUGAGGAAAGAAGAAUUCUAUUAGAAAAAUACAUACAAUUAGUGGGACAGAAUCCUAUUUUGGCAUACUCUGAUAUACUUACAACAUUCCUUUUUUCCGCUCAACAAGAAACUCAUUGCGUCAGAGUGCAUGAAGUUGAUAUAGAAAUAUUUUUGAUGAACGGUUACAGAAUACCAUUAUCUGUAUCAUCAACAGAUGCCUCUGGUGCCGUUUUAGAUAUUGCCUGUAAUUACAUUAAUUUAUCAAAAGACUUUGUAAAAUUUUUCUCCUUAUACUUAUUUAACUGGAGCUGUGCAAAAGAUGGUCAGCCAUGUUUGAAGAAGUUAGAGGAAUAUGAAUCUCCAUACAUAUCUCAGAAGUAUGUUAGGCCUGAUGAUAAAAUAGUUCUUCGUAAAAGUUACUGGGAUCCAUGUUAUGAUAUGGAUGUUAUGUCUGAUAGAGUGUCAUUAGAUCUGUUAUAUUUACAAACAAUACAAGAUAUUGAUUUAGGAUGGAUUGUAGUGAACUCACAAAUGAGGGACAUUUUAAAUUCACACGAAUCAAGGAAAGAAAAGAAAGAGUACAUAGAAGUGGCGCGUAGCUGCCGGUACUACGGUAGAGUGCCCGCGGGUGAGGCGGUAACGGAAGCACACCACGUGACGGGCGCAGCGACGAGCGGAGCGGGAGGCGGGCCGUGCCGCGUACGUGUUUCCCUCGCCUCCAAGGAGUUAACGUUGACCAGCGUGACCCAACCCGUGCGGGAGCAGCGCUACAAAGUUACCAGGAUGAGGUGCUGGAGGAUUACCACAUUGCAUACAAUGGAAAAACCACAGAGCAACGGCCAUGGUUCCUUAUUAGAUGACACCAAUAAGCAUUUUGAGUUAUCCUUUGAAUAUCUCAUAAGUAAAGACAAUCUUGAAUGGAUAACAUUAAGAACUGAACACGCAAUAUUUAUAAGCGUUUGCUUACAGUCGAUAGUAGACGAGCUGAUGCGUCAGAAGAGCGGUAGUGGGCCGGCGUCGCCACGCUGCAAGCGCGGCGGACUCACCUACCUGCGCCGUGACGGCUCUAGUCAGCUCAUCACGCCCUCCUCCUCCAGUGACACGCUUAGCUCUGUUAAUGGAGAUUCCAUGACAUCCGGCAGUUCGCGGGAAAUAUUUUCCGUUCAGAAGUUAACAGAGAAAUUCGCGUCCGUCUCCUUCAAGACCGGUAAAGAUUGUGUUGAAAACAACGCCUUUGAGGCGAUAGGAGACGAAGAAUUGUAAAUAUUUUCUAUAUGUUUUUACUAAAGAUGCCAAUGAUAUACACUCGUGUAAAAAUAAAUAAGAUCCAAACAAAUAUUUGUACAUACGUAAAACUAUUUUAUGUAGAUAUUCUGAAUUUUUAUUUUUUUUGUGGCUAUGAAUUCUAAAAUUGGCUGCCAUCCACUUGCCAAGCCAUUCCUAAAUUCUAAAAAUUGUUAUUUUUACAUAUCUACUAUAAAUCUUUAUUUUAUGUUAUGAUGUAUAUGAAAUCAACAAUCCAUAUUGAUACCAUCCAGUAGCGUUGUCCAUUUUUUUUUUUAAUAUUUUGUAUAUGUAAGACAUAUCUGUAGGCCUAAUUGAUAUCACAAUUAAGGUUAGAAUAAUUAUAUAGAUACGAUAAUUCAUAUCCAUAAGUCUAUUCGAAUACUCGUUGGUUUCUGAAACCCUAAUUCUAGUUUAAAUCAUAUUGUUAUAUCUGCUUUGUCAAAGAUAACAGGAAUAACGAUAUGUUAUACCGGAAUUUUGGUCUCAGAAACCAACGAUAAGACAUAUGUAUGUCGUCAUAGACAUGUCUGAAAUUAAAAAUAAAUUAAUCGAAUUUUUAUCAACAGGUUUUGUCUAUAUUUACAUUUUUAAAUAUAACAUAGAUAAUAAGUAUUGUAAUUCUAGUAUAAGGAGAAAUAUUUUUAAUUCUAUUUCCACUAAUAUUAAUACUCAUGUAAUAUAAU